GCUCGAGCAAGGGAACCACGUGGGAGCCGGAGUAGGAAGUUUGCAGAGAUGGGGAAGAGGAAAGCUCGCCGGCAGCGCCAGCAGCUGAUCGGCCACUUAAGCAAGAAGCAAAAGAAGCACCUCAAGGAUUUUGGGGAAGAGCACCCCUUUUAUGAUCGGGUUUCUGGGAAAGAAAAACCAACUCAGAUUUGUGAACUGAAUGAAAAUUCUGAGCAGUCCAGCUCAGAAAAUGAUGCGGAGAGUGAUUCAGAACAAAUCCCAGUGUAUCACAAACUACUGGCCAUGUUAAAAACAUCUCUCUGUUCAGACAAUGAGGAUGAAGGAGAUGAAUCAGAAGAUAGUUCCCAAGAAGAUACAGAAGUGGACAGUGACGAGCUUGGGGAUGAGAAAGAAACGGAGAAUGACGACAACGAAAUAAAAGUGCCUCACCAAGAAACAGAAACAUCCCUAGUGGAAAAUAGUGAAGAGGAGCCUACAGAUUCAGAUGCUCUUCAGGACUUACAGUGUGAAGCUGCUGAAGAGUGUACAGAUGUCCAGCUUGAACUUGAAUUUAAUCUGGAAUCCAAUUUUAUAGAUGAAGAACGUGGUGAUUCCACUACAGAUAUCAAAAAGAGAACACCUUCUGCAAAAGUAACACAUGAUCCAUUUAAAUGCCACCUGGAUAAAGAGCUGGAAGAAGAAGAAAUAGAUAAAAGCGUGUGCUCAAAAUUGACCAGCCAAGUUGAGUGGCCAGUACUGGGUCAAUUAGUUUUUUCUUCCAAGUUGGAGAAAUUUGGAGUGAUUAAUCCAAGUAAAGAAGUUGAUCUGGAACACCUUCAUCUUUGCAAGCCACUAAAGUCAACUUGGCCGAAAGUGAACAGACAAUUGCUUUCUGCUCAGACAAAAUCAAAAGGCCAGCUAUUUAGCCCACUGCAGCAAGAGCUGUUCUGCAUUAUGAAUUCAUACAAGGAUUUGUUUUACCCCGGAAGGACUGCUUUAAAAAAUGGGGAAGAAGUGAGGCAUGUCUAUUGCCUACAUGCCUUGAACCACGUCUUAAAGGCUAAUACACAGGUGCUUGGCAACAAUGCUAAGCGACGAGACCAAGAAGCUGGAAUGGAUGAGGAUGCUUUCAGGGAUCAAGGUCUCACUAGACCAAAGGUAUUGAUGGUGGUCCCCUUCCGAGAAUCUGCUUUACGUGUAGUCCAUAUUUUAAUUGCCCUCCUUGAAUUGGCAAGUCAAAAGAAAAUUGAUGUAAGUAAUAAAAAACGAUUUAAGGGCGAAUUUGGUUCCAGCCCAGAAGAGAAGCCGCCAAAUCUGAAAAGGCCUGAAGAUUAUGAAGCCACCUUUGCUGGAAACAUUGAUGACCACUUCAGGAUAGGUGUUGCAGUUCUUCAGAAGAGCAUGCGGCUGUAUGCCCCAUUUUACUCCUCGGACAUUAUUAUUGCCUCUCCCCUUGGUUUGAGAACUGUGAUAGGAGCUGAAGGGGAGAACAAGCGAGACUAUGAUUUCCUCUCCUCAAUAGAAAUUCUUAUAAUUGAUGAAGCUGACAUUUACCUGAUGCAAAACUGGGAACAUGUUUUGCACCUGAUUAACCACAUGAACCUAUUACCUUUGGAAUCUCAUGGGGUGGAUUUUUCACGAGUACGAAUGUUCAGUCUGAAUAACUGGUCCAAGUAUUAUCGCCAGACACUUCUCUUCAGUGCCCUCCAUCAUCCUCAGAUCAGUUCUAUCUUCAAUAAGCAUUGCUUCAAUUACAGGGGGCAGGUAGCUGUAAGGAAUGCACCCUUGACAGGGUCAAUUAGUCAUGUUGUAGUACAGCUUCCUCAUGUUUUUCGGAAAAUAGAAGCUGACAGCUCUGUUUCUGUAAUAGAUGCAAGGUUUAACUUUUUCAUUGACAAAGUGUUACCUGAGUACCGGGAUGCAAUCAUGACACACACACUCAUCUAUGUUCCAUCCUAUUUUGAUUAUGUGCGGCUUCGGAAUUAUUUCAAGAAGGAAGAACUCAAUUUUGCACACAUUUGUGAAUACUCCAGUAAAUCUGGCAUUUGUAGGGCAAGACAUUUAUUCUUAAGUGGAGAAAAACAAUUUCUAAUUAUCACAGAGCGAUUCCAAUUUUAUAAAAGGUAUUCCAUUAGAGGCAUCAAGAACUUUAUUUUUUAUGAACUGCCAACCUAUCCACAUUUCUAUAGUGAGAUCUGCAAUAUGGUAAAAUUAGCAGGCAUGGAGGGAGAGGCUACCUUGACUUGUACUGCAUUUUACUCCAAAUAUGAUGCCCAGAAGUUGGCUGCCGUGGUGGGUGUUGAGCGGGCAGCCCAAAUGCUUCAGUCGUCCAAGAAUGUGCACCUUUUUGUCACUGGAGGAACAGAAUAAAAUAAACAAUGAAUCCAGUUCAAGUGGAUUUCUGAUCCGUUUAAUAAUCAGGCUGAAUUCCUUUAAAAUAGCUAUUGAAAGGGGAAAUUAUGAAUAAGUUUAUUUUGCUUUUAAAGAGCAUAUGAAAAAUGUUAUUAAAGUGUCCGUUUCUUCAUGUUAUAGUAAUAAUACCAAAUUCAUAAUACCGUUUUUAGAAUUUCAACUGUAGAAUAAUUGGGAAAGUCGAAAAAACAUAGCUCUGAGGCCUUGCUUUGGGCAUAUAGAAGAUGUUGCUGCUGUGGGGCUAGUUAGUGCCCUGAAGGCCUCUCAUAUUUUAAUCAAUUUUAACAUUCCUUACCUUUUGUAAAUUUUAUAUACUGUUUUUAUGCUUUCAGUAUUUUAUUGUAUACUGCCCAGAGUUCUUCUGCAAGGGAGAUGGAUGAUUCUUAAAUGUAAGUUUUAAGAAUUGCUAGUUUGUAUUACUAGAAGGAUAGAACUUGUUCAAAAGAAACAGACCCAUCAAAAGAGUAGGAAUUGUAUUACAUGCAAAGAAUUACUGCACUUGUAGAGAAAUACAUGAUGCCAGCCAUGAAAGGCUUCUUGAAAGUAUGUGGAUAAAUAUAACGGGAGGAGGAGAGGACCUUGCUACAAGAGUGUACUACAGGCCACAUUACAAAGCAGAGGAAAUAGAUGAACUUUCUGUAAAUCAACUGCAUUGAGGAAAAACCAGUAUAGUAAUGGGGGACUUUAAUUACUUUGAUAUCAAGUAGGAAACUAACUCUGCAGUGGGAGAUUGAACAGGUUCCUGACAACUUGUUCCCUCCUCCUCCACCUUUUGGAUAAUGAAAGUUGUUAGUUUGUCAAGAACUUGCCA